ACAGGGCGUGGGUUGUGUGUAGGGGCUGUAGGGGGUGGUCUUUCUUACUUGUCAACAAGACGACGCUCGAUCGAGAGGCUUCUCUCUCUCCACCACCACCGCUUCGUCGUCCGCGGGGAGGCACGGAAUCGAAAAGAGAGGCGCGCGCAAGAGGCGACAGAGUGCGGAGCGACUUUAAAGGGGAAGAGAUCAUCCCGGGAAUUUCCACGAGAUCCAGUUUUCGGAUUAAAAACCUUUGACGGGCCGACGUUCAUAUUUAUUCCGUGUUUGAGCUUCCAGCAUAAAAACCAAGACGAGGAAGAGAAAAUAACCGCACACGAGAGAGACAGUCGCGAGGCAUCUCGAGCCUCCCCCCGCACGUUGCGCGCUCCUCGUCGUCUUCUUCUUCUUCUUCGCCACGGGCAUGGAGGGCGCAGUCGGAGCCGGAGGGCUCGCGGCGGCCAGGGCAUUGCUGGGCUCGCCCGGCAAGGAGGGCGCCCGGCGGAAUCUGUUCGGCACCCGGGUGGACGGCGCGGCACUGCGCAGGGAGCUGGACGAGCUGCUGCGCGAGUCCCUGGACGCGGCGCGCAGCCGCUGGUCGUUCGACGUCUCCUCGGAGACGCCCGUGCCGGGGGGACACUUCGAGUGGGAGGCGGCGAGGGCGCAGAGCAUCCCGGCCUUUUACCGGGGUCGAGUCGCGAGCCGGAGCCGGCGACCGGAGCCGGCCCGGUCGACGGAGACGCGGAGUCGUCCGCCCGGGGCCGUGGAGCAGACCUCGUCGCCCGAGGACGACGAGGUCUGCUGCGCGGGUCCCGCGCGUAAGCGGAGGCGGCAGCAGCAGCAGCAGCAAGCGCGGAUAACUGAUUUCUUCACGAGCAAGAAGGUGAAGACGUCCCCUGCCAAGCGAGUGGCACAGCCCACUCAGAGGCCGGCAGCUACAGCAAAGCGGCCAGCGAUGUGACUCGCAUCAUCUACCCACCCGACCUGCCUGGACUCCUUUGCCUGCCCGACUUCCCAGUGUCCACGGCAACACACGGGGGAGGGGGCGUAAUUAUGCACAAAACGUCGGACUUCAAUCAGAACAGCAUUUUGUUUGUUUGUUAUUAAAUUAUUAUUGUUUGUUCAUAAGUUCAGAAACAACAUUUAAUAAAAAUACAAAGUUUUUGAUACCUGUAUUAUUAUUCUUCCCAUGCCAGGGAAUGUGUGUAAAUACCAAAGAAUGUGGGUAUUUUAUUAUAUAACACAACGGGAAAUAAUGACACUAUACAACUUAUCUGAAGAAAGCUCACACAUGUGUGUGAGCUGUGGGCAGUUCUUCAUACUUUCGGAGUCCCUGACUCUCUGCUCAUAAUCAUGAAGGGCCUUCGUGACGGUGGGUAGGCCCGGGUAAAGCUACGUGGCCACCUUGGGGUGCGACACGGAUGUCCUCUGGCUCCCACAUUAUUUUCCAUCAUAGUUCGAGACGCUUUCCAUGGCUGUACCUGAGGAAUUU